AUGAGACAGGUUAACAGAGGAGUAAAUUUAGACACAAGGAUAUCGUACUGCACAGCUGAUAAGAUGCAUGAUAAAGUGUUUGCCUACAUCGCUCAGAGUCAACGCAACGAGACACUGGAAUGCCACGCGUAUCUCUGCACCAAGAGGAAAGUGGCUCAGGCGGUGACGCUGACGGUGGCUCAGGCCUUUCGUGUUGCUUUUGAGUUCUGGCAGACUGCUAAAGAAGAGAAAGAGAAGCAGGUGAAAUGUGGCUCAGAUGGAGAGGCGGCCAGCAGCUCUCAGUCCGAGAGUUCAGCCAGCCUUAGCAGCAUGAAAGGAGAGGUGGCCACUGGGGAUCUACUGGACCUUGAAUGUGGUGUAAAAGAACGCUUAGGGAAAGACGCCGCACACCCAAUACAGAACCGCAGCACAGAAAACAACAACACUGUAUGGGAGCUUGAGGAUGGUCUAGAUGAGGCUUUCUCAAGGCUCGCUGAGUCUCGCACUAACCCCCAGGUGCUGGACAUUGGGGUAAACCCUCAGGACUACAACCCUGAAGACUGCUUGUCUCCGACUCAUUGGGACAAAGCCGACAGUGAAGCGGCGGAUGCAGAGGAUGCGUUUGGAUUCUGAUGAUGAGCGGCUGGUGGGAGCAGGAGCUGGAGCUGGUGAAGCAACACACAAAGGGAAUGAAUGAAGCGCCGCUGCUCGACUCGCUCACUCACCUGCGCCCUCUGGUGGCCUGCGGUCUGCAAACCCAACCUAAUGACUUCAACAACAAAAAAAGCACAGACCAAAGCAAUAUAGCAGAAAGUAUUUCCCCUCCAAUUUCCUUUUAAGUACAUUUAUAUUUUAACACCAAUUAGUUACUUAGUGUUUUAUUUUUGUAUGUAUGUGACUGUAAAAUUUAAAGUUCCCUCCAAUAACUUUGGCACGCUUUAGAUACUUGAAAUAUGAGCAAAGAAGGCCGUGGAGAAAAGGAGUCUUUAAUGUUUAACGUUAGCGAUAACCAGAAGUUUCUGCAGACUUUUAUUUUAGUAUGAUGACGUGUUUCCAACUGAAACUGAAUAUUUAUUUGUCCUUUAUUUAACCUUCAAAUAACAAACAAACAUUUUCAACUCCCAUUUAUAUAUAACAGGGACUCUCAACAGGUGGGCCUCAGCGAUCCUGCAGGUGGGCCGCGAGAUAGCUUAAAAUGAACUUAAUUAUUGUACUUUAAUUAUUUGAUUUCAUUAUUAAAUAUGUUUUAUAUAAAAAUUCUUGGUGUAAUGGCAUUUCCCGUUUUUUGUUAUUGAUUACUUUGGACUCUGUGCAAAAAUGAGCCUCACUGUAAAAUACAGGCUUAGCCGGGGCUGCACUUCCAACCGCUGCACGUCAACUAGGACCACAUGCUCAGCUGUAUAACGUAAAGCAAACCGUCACGCAAAUGUAAAGCCAAUGAUGAUUAGAGUUAUAACCAGUUCGCGCACACCUCACGUCUGUGACUCAUAUCAGAGUCGCACAUCUCUGUUGAUUCACAAAUUAUUCAAGCUCUCUUUGUGUGAACUCUUUAAAACAUCAGCACAGUUGUCCAAAUUAGAAUGCGAGUGUUUUAUAACAGAUGCGCGCCCCGUACAGGAGGAUCUGGCGAGACUUGGUGGUGUUUUAGUGAACAGCUGUUUACUACUGUCAGCGAACUCCAAUAAUAUCCUAAAACCCCAACCGCCUUCAGAUCGAUGUGUUUCAACAGACUUGUGUUUUUACUGGAUUUUACUUUUUAUUUUUAAUUUUUAAUGGAUAGGAUCAAUAGAUGAAAAGUAGUCAGCCUAAUUCAAAGCAGCAGCUUUUUUGUCAUCUCCUGUUGUCCUGUCAGGUUCAUUUAUUAAAGAAAAGGCCUAAAUACUUUGAGGUCAUAACAAAUACCUGAAGAAUUCAGGAGCUUUUAAUCUGUGU